GUUUCCUUGUAACAUACUGCAUUGCAUGAUAAAGGAGCCGGCCAUGUCACAGCCAGAAAAAGCGACGCAGGUUUACCGAUCGCAGCAAGAUUAGACGGAUAUAGUCUGAUUACACUUCCGGAGAUCAAUCGCGCGUGAUAAGCGAGUUCGUGUCAGAGUCACGAAAGUGUUGUACCGGGCAGCGCUCCCACGUGGAUCAUUCCAAUGAUCGAGCAAGGUCGUGGAAAUAAUUUCCGGAAUUUCAGCAUCUCGGUCACAGAAAGCGCUUUGAUUCGGGACACCCUAUGUAUAAAGCCUCGAAGUUGAACUCACGUUGAUAUUGGACGUGACCUUUCUACAGGCAGAUAUAUAUAGUAGAGUAGUGAACAGAUAUCGGCAAAAUGCAACAAAAACACAAAAUACACGAAACACAAACAACAUAAAUGUGUGACUGCUUGUAAGAUUGCGAAAAAAUGAGCAAUGAAUUACUGACAAUGUUGCGAACCGGAUUGCUUCGUGGUGCUUCUGCCAAACGUCUCAAAUAUGUCGGUGCAGGAGUAGGGCUGUUGUGCGUUAGUUAUACCUUUCUCCCUUCAAGGAAGAAAAGAGCUGUGAAGAGUGUCGCAGGAAGUUCAAUUAGAUUCGCAAGAUCGUUCAAGAUCGGUGCAACAAUUUCUAUGGAUUACUUAUUAGCCCCUUUGAUGGGAUAUACAUACACGGAAAUUCAUCGAAGGUCUGCUAAUCGGAUCGUUCAAGGAUGUCUGAAAAACGGCGGAAUUUAUAUAAAAGUCGGACAAGGUUUUGCAGCAGUAAAUCACGUUCUACCAAAGGAAUAUAUCGAAAGUUUAUCAGCAUUACAAGACAAAUGCUUAAUACGAGAAAAGGAUGAACUUGAGGAAAUAUUCUUGCAAGACUUCGGUAAGAAACCUGAGGAAAUGUUACGCGAAAUUGAACCCAAGCCAGUAGCGGCUGCCAGUUUAGCUCAGGUGUACAAAGGUGAAACUUUAGAUGGAAAGAAAGUUGCUAUCAAAGUACAAUAUAUUGAUCUUCAGGAACGAUUUAUGUCCGACAUAAAAGCGGCAAUUUUUUUAGUUAAAAUUGUUUCUGUUAUACAUCCAAAAUUUGAUUUGCACUGGGCAUUUAAUGAUGUCUUUGAGACAUUGGCAAAAGAAUUGGAUUUUGAGAACGAAGGAAAGAAUGGAGAGCAAUGUGCUGAAGAUUUGAAAAAAUAUAAAUAUGCAUAUGUGCCAAAGAUUUAUUGGGAUCUUAGCAGUAAGAGAGUCCUCACAACAGAAUGGAUUGAUGGUGUUAAGGUGACUGAUGUAAAAGGAAUUAAGGCGCUAGGAUUAGAUCUCUCUGACGUUGAUAAGAAACUGAUCACUUUAAUGGGUGAACAAAUAUUUCAUACAGGAUUCGUGCACGCUGAUCCGCAUCCAGGAAACGUUUUUGUAAGGAAGGGGAGAGACAACAAAGCGCAAAUAGUGCUGUUAGAUCACGGUUUGUACCAACACUUGCCAGAGAAAACAAGAUGUACUUUGUGCAACUUUUGGGAAUCGAUGGUUCUGAAAAAUGACUGUUCAUUGAGAGUGCAUGCCAGCGAUUUGAAUGUGAAAGAUCACAUUUUGCUGGCGGAAAUAUUAACGCAAGCACCAUACAAGAUCUCUUUUACAUCACGUUCAAAUAAUACAACAAUGGACGAGUAUAUGAAGAACCAAGCACAGGAACAUUUCGAUAAGAUAACAGAAGCAUUAAAAUUGAUGCCUAAAAAUUUAUUGUUGGUAAUAAGGAACUUGAACACGAUACGUGCUAUUAUCAGAGAACAUGGUGACAUUAUCAAUCGAUACAGGAUGAUGGCAAGAAUUGCAACACGUGGCAGAUACCGAGUUGGGAAACAAUCUGUUUACAAAAAUAUUGUAGGUAUAUGCAGCCUCGUAAAAUUCGAAUGUCGACUUUGGUUACACAACUUAGUACAAUGGUUACUUAACAUUUAUUUAAAUGUAUUAAAAUUAAUCGGUUAUGAUGUUACAAGAAUGUUGCAAAUACUCUAAUAUUGUUUAGUCACUGUAUAUACAAUGUUAAUAUGUAUAUACAACUUUAUAUGCAUUCUACAACCAUGUAAAUGUAUCUUUUAAAUGAAUAACUAAAAAGAUGUCUGAUGUUUUAAAUAAAAAUUUCUCCACAUGA